AUGCCCUGGCGUAGAGUGAUAGUAUAUGGUCUGUCGGCCGGGUUCUUAGGAGUUGCUGCUAUGACGGUUAGCGAAAAAGUCGAACAGUUUUUUACAGGCCGCCCCAACUCCUACGUGCCAGCCAAAACUCUCGCUAGGUUGCUUGGGGUCACUCCUCAAAGCGACCAGCAGCUGUGGGGUCUCAACAUGGCAAUGCAUUAUGGCCAAGGUGCAGCUGCUGCCGUGAUCAGAGCAGUUGCAAGUUAUUCUUUGGGCAUGAGAGGGCCAUUCACCGACUUUAUGUUUAUGGGUGUUAGGCUGUUGAUUGACCAGACGCUGGAAAAUUGGACGGGCGUUGGAGCUUUGCCUUGGACCUGGCCGGUAGACGAGCAAGUCGUGGAUCUGCUGCACAAGGGCGUUUUUGCAUUUGCCACAGGGUAUUUGGUGGACUGGUGGAUUCAGUAA